UGUGCAGGCAGCAGCCAAGCUGGCUGUGAGCGGGGAUGUGAGCGGGAGCCUGCGAGCGUGGGUGCGGCUGCAUUUCCAGUGACGGUGGUGGCGGGGGUGCGCACAGGCAGGGGUGACAGGGCUGCCGGUUCCUUUUAUUCCUUAUACAUCCUUCAGCCCAGAAAGCCUGGAGCAUUAAGGCCAGCUCUUGACCCUGGGACUUCCCCUGCUCGUUAGCAUUCACAGACAGCCUCUGUUUGGUAGCAGGGAAACUGAAACUUGAACGUGUGCAAACCGCGGCUGAUCUCACAGCAGCUCCCUUUCCCCCUCGAUAAUUCCCUUCAGCAGUUGUGAGCACAGCGUAUGAGCUCCCCAUUGCUGGCUGCCCUGCACCUCAGGGGGGGGAUCUGAGGCACAGCAGGUGCUGGUGACGCCGCUGUUCUGCUGACAUGGAGCAGGCCCAGCGGAACCUGGAUGCAGAGCAAAUGCAGCAGCAGCAGCUGAAACUACGGGACCGGCAGAAGUUCUUUGAGGAGGUUUUCCAGCAUGAUGUAGAUUUCUUCUUCCCAAUGUCUCACCUGCAGAUAGAGCACCGGAGACCUCCCUUAGGCAGCAUUUCCUCCAUGGAAGUGAAUGUGGACAUGCUGGAGCAGAUGGAUGUGCUGGACCUGUCAGACCAGGACACUGUGGAUGUGUUUCUGGGCUGUGGGACAGAGGAGAGCGGCAUUGCUGGGUCUCUGACAGGGGCAGAUGCCAGCCAGUGCCCAGAGGAGAUCACCCUUCAAGUGCCCAAUGCAGCUGAGAGCAAGUCUCGCAUUUCCUCCACAUCCUCUGCCUCCACAGAUUUGAACAGCCUGGACACCAGCGAGGAGGGGGCCGAGACCCCCGUGGUGCAGUCGGAUGAGGAGGAGUUGCAGGAGGACAGUCCCAAAGAGCAGGUGGUGAGAAGCUAGCAGCCAGCUUUGCCCUGCUCCCAGCCUCCUCCGUACGGACUUGCCAGCCCAGAAGGAAAGCUGCUGGUGCUCAGUAAAAGCCCUCCUGGACUGCUGCCCUGCCAGAGGGGAGAGAUGGUUUUCCCCUCCUCUCCCUCCACGUGUUCUCCUGGCAGCCAAAGGAGAAGGAAAGGGGUACCGUAAACUCCCCAGAUUAACUCUUCAGGCUUUGCUGCUAACACUCCCUGCUUCAUCACCCCCCUUCCCACACAUGUUCAGCAUCCCACAGCCCCACCAUUCCCUGAAAACCAUCCCUUAGGAUCCCAGCUCCCCCUGCCCUACUGACAAAGGUUCUGUUCAGACAAGCACUUAACGAUGGCACAGAGAGAAAUAACACUGAUCUAACCAA